UCUCAGGAGAAGAACUUCCGGCACGGCGCUGGUGCUUAAAGCUGUGCUCUGGAGCUGCUCUUAGCAAGGCGUUGAACAGCUACGGAGGCGCCGGACUCCGCUGGCAGGCUUCCUUGCGAGGCGUGAGCGAAGCGGCCUGGCCGUGGCUGCCCGGUAUGCGCGGACAGCGGGGCUCUUCUCCGCUGGGGUAUGACCGGCUGGUCCCGCCUCACCAAGUGAGUCCCGGCCGGACUUGCCCUGGCCGGCAAUAGCAGAAGCGCCGGCAGAGCAGGGCGUGCAGUGUGGAGUCCCCACCCGCAAGGCUGUGGGCGGCAGCGCUGGGGGCUGACAGGAGGAUAUCGAGUGGGUCUGGGGGGAGUGGGAGGCUGACUUUGGGGGCCCUGCAGCUCGCAUUCCCAAAUGCCCACCCAGCCCUUCAUUCUGUUUUCGCACGGCCAGCCAGAUGACUUGGCAGGAAGCCCACAAGCGGCAGCUGAGCGCAGCGGCACCUGUUUGCAUCUUCUUACAGUUUGCUGCUGCUUGGGGAUAUACAACGCAGAACAGGUUCUGUUAAAUAAGUGUUGCCCCUGAUGCUGGAGAGCGUUGUAUACCCCUCGACAGCCUUAUCUUCCGUGGAUUUUGUCUGAUCACAUGUUAAGGCGUGCCAAGUUGGUGGCCGGUGCUACAUCUUGUGGUAGUGAAUUCCAUAGUUCAUGUUUUGCCCAGUGCUAUUUUUCUAGAAAAAGAGGUGCUGGUACUCACCAUGAAUGCCUCCCCUGUUCUCUUAUAAUGACAAUGACACCCACCUGAGAGAUGCCGGAACUGAGUUCCAGUGAGUUCCUGCUGAAAAAGCCCUGGUUUUGCCUGUUUUGAAUCUCCCACUGUUUGACUGCAUUGGAUGGCUCUGGGUUCUAAUAUUUUGAGACAGGCUCUGGUGUCUGUUUCAACUGGGGGGGGGGCAAUUGAAACAUUCCUAAGUAGAUAGGCUUCUAUACAAACAAAGUGGGGACACAAUUCUGAUUGAGACAAGUAUGGUACUUCCUUUUGCAUAUGGCUACUACAGAGAAAGGCCCUCUUGACUUUAGUGUAAAUAAACUUCCUUUAUGUAACUUAUCUAUAAGUAUACUGAGACUAUUUUUUUAAAAUUUUGAAUAUAAUUACAUGUAUAUAGGAUGGCAUUGUCCAGUGUUUUUUCUCUGGGUGCACUCAAGGGUACACAGUACUGGAACCUCCCCCCGCCCCCAAAUGUUAAAGGUGUACUGUAACAACUUCAUGGUGAGUACCAGCACCUUUUUUUUCUUUAAGAAAAAAAGCACUACCAUUAUCGUUUAGUUAAUUUUUUUCAAGGGAGCCACUGUAAACAUGCUUUAAACAUUUUACUGAGCAGAAAAAACCCCAUAAACUAUUGGGGCAGAUUUCCAAGUUUUAGUGCACUACAAAUCACCAUGUUUAGUCCUCAUGUUAAGUCUCUCUUGUUUUGCUGCUGUAUUCAUGAAUGAACAGCUGCACUUUUUAAAAUGAAACAUUCAACCAUAAUAAUCCAGUUCAGAUACUAAGGGCUGCUUCAAACAGAGCAAUUUUAUUUUCUACACCAGCAUUACUUCUAUGUAGGGUAAUUGGAUGUAUGUUGUCAUCUAAUUUACGCCCAUAAGGCAAUUGCAACUGUGCACGUGUUGCACAUCUGCUGUUUGAUGUACCUUUGCUACAUGUGCAUGCAACAGAAUAAUGUGUAAUAACUAAUAUCCAUGUAUGAAGCAAUUUUGUGUGAAAUGGCUUUAGGCUUAUUUUAUAAAUGCUCUCAAUACAUUGAGUGGCAGCUGCUUAGGGCUCAAUUUGAGUGUCCAGUUUCAAGAGACAUUUAGAUCCCACAAUGCCUGGAGGAUGUCAGAAGUACAUUCAAUUUCUGUACUAUGUUUUGAAAGAAAUAGUUCAAACUCAGCAUGGAUCUUUCAGCUUUGAUUAUUAUUGUUAUGGCUUUAUGACCAGUAAUGAUUUGAAGAGUGUAUAACUUUUUAGAAUUUUUCCAUAGCAAUGGAAGCUCCAUAUGAUGGCAGUGAAGUUACUGUAGUAAUGGAAGAAAUAGAAAGCACAUACACCUUUGCUUCUCCAGUGCCAUCUAAAAAGAAGAAGAAAUAUAGAAGUCCUGGAGAUCAAGGGGAAAAGACUAAGAAGCCCAGAUCUGCAUACCUUCUAUAUUAUUAUGACAUAUACCUGAAAGUUCAGCAGGAGCUCCCACAUCUUCCCCAGUCUGAAAUUAACAAGAAGAUCAGUGAGAGUUGGAAGCUGCUCAGUGUGGCUGAGAAGAGUUAUUAUUUGGAGAAAGCCAAAUUAGAAAAAGAAGGGCUAGACCCGAACUCAAAGUUGUCUUCCCUGACUGCUGUGGUUCCAGACAUUCCAGGUUUCCGUAAAAUCCUCCCGCGUUCAGAUUACAUAAUUAUCCCCAAAGGCUCUCUUCAGGAGGAGAGAAGCAAGCACUUGGAACUCUGCGUCACCCAGGGCCAAACAGCAUCAGAAGGACUGACAGCUUCUACCAAUGUCACAGGUGUUUCCCACAGCACCGUGCAGAACAUCCUCUCUGUAGAUUCCAGCCACAUUGGCAUUUCUGAGCAGUGCAUUGCCAUUGAAGGGGUUUCAGAAGACCCAGCCUCAUUUGUUCAGUCGGACACAAUUGAAGAAGUCGUUGCAUCGGAGAUCUUGUCUCAUUAUGUCAGUCCUGCUACACACAAAGGGGCUGGAGAUAUUCUCCUGGAUGAAGCCUCUUUGGAAGACAGAGAAGAAAGUAAUUCGUCAACGCCUACUGCUCAGUUCAUUAUGCUACCUCUGCCAGCCCAUUCUGCUUUGGAAAAUCCAACAUCAAUCAAACUGACAACUACCUACACCCGCAGAGGGCAUGGGAAUUGCACCAACCCUGGCUGUACAUUCACAUAUGUGACCAGACACAAGCCACCCAAAUGUCCAAUGUGUGGGAACUUUCUGGGAGGCAAAUGGAUCCCAAAGGAGAAGCAGCCUAAAGGCAAAACUGAGCCAACUUCUGGUGUACCUAUAAAGACAUUGGGGCCCAAAAAAAGUCAGCAGCCAUUAGCCUUGGGACAGGCUGUGGUUCACGACAGUGCCUCCAAAUCUAUGCUGGAGAGCUCUGAAGCUGUUACUCAGCUUCUGAAUGCUGCCCCUUCUGGGCAGCAGGUGCAGGAAACAGAAUGGGAAGAAGUGAUCAUCUCGGAGGCUCACAUCCUUGCAAACAACAUGCAGCCAAAGGAGCAAGGAAACACAACGGCUGUUAUUCAACUUCAAGAGGGCAUUGUACAGGCGGAGCCUUUAUUAGAACAGAAGGACAGGGAGAACGAAGGGCUGGAGGCACAGACAUUGGUGGAGGUAGUGAGUGCUGCCAGCUCCCCUUCAAAUCCAGCUUCUGCCACAAAACAUCCAACAGGAGCUGAAGCUCUUGGCACUGCACCCAAAGGGCAGGAGCAGAAGAGCAAAGCAAAGCCCAAGCCUUCCUUACUGGCCGCAGCAAGACCCACGAGGGCAAUUUUGCCUGCCCCUGUCAGUGUGGCGAGAGAAACCAACACAGAGCAGCCCGCUUGCAGGCAGCCAUUUACAAACAAUGAAAAAAACUCCUGUGUAAGAAUCUCAGGACUGAAGCCUAGCACUCUGAAGCAGCUGGGCCAGUCUCCUCUGCAACCACCCAUCAUUGAAAAGCACAAGCUCCGUGGCAGCACAGACAGCUCAGCAUCUCACGUCAAAGUGGUGGAGGUCAAACCAGAUGUAUUCCCUUCCUAUAAGUACAGCUGCACUGUAACCUUGGACUUGGGGUUGGCCACUUCACGUGGCAGAGGGAAAUGUAAGAAUCCUUCUUGCAGUUACGUAUACACCAAUCGGCAUAAACCAAGGAUCUGUCCCAGUUGUGGCUACAAUCUUGCCAAAGACAGGGCUGAGAAAACAGCAAAAUCCCUGGAGGUCACCUCUACCCCUGCAGAUGUGCUGAACACCAGUGAGCCUCUAAUUCAGUCCCAAAAAGAAGUCCAGCGUCAGUCCACCUUACAGCUUCUUCGCAAAGUAAUACAGAUACCGGAGAACGAAUCGGAGCUGGCUGAUGUUUUUGCACUGAUUCAUGAACUCAAUAGUUCGCGGCUCAUUCUAUCCAAUAUGAAUGAGGAGACGGUCACCAUUGAGCAGACCUCUUGGUCAAACUAUUACGAGUUUCCAUCAUCCCAGUGCCUUCUCUGUAGCAGCCCUUUGUUCAAAGGAGGACCAAAUUCUCUUGCGGGUCCUCAAGAGUGCUGGUUGUUGACAGCUAAUCGGCUGCAGGUAGUCACUGCUCAGCUCAAGGUGUGCGUGAAUGUGCAGUGCUUGGCCCUCCACAGCUUCAAUGAUAUAUACACCGGCUUGUUUAAUGUGGGCAACAAGCUUUUGGUGAGCCUGGACCUUCUGUUUACAAUAAGAAAUCAUAUUAAACUCGGAGAGGAUCCUAAAGUGGCAGUCAGCAGCAUCUUGGAAUCUGUGCAGGAACAGACCGAGAGAAACCUGAGCACCGAGGAACUCACUCAGCUCGAGGAACUGCUAUGUAACGGCUAUUGGGCCUUUGAGUGCCUCACUGUCCGAGACUACAAUGAUAUGAUCUGUGGAGUCUGUGGCAUCGCACCCAAAGUUGAAAUAGCCCAGAGGAAUGUGGAAAAUGUUUUGCUGCUGAAAAAUAUCGAGUUUACUUGGCCAGAAUUCUUGGCGUCUAGUGAAGUAAACGUGGAAGACUUUUGGUCCACCAUGGAGACGGAAGUGAUAGAGCAGGUGGCAUUCCCCUCCAGCAUCCCAAUCACAAAGUUUGAUGCCUCUAUCAUCUCUCCCUUCUUCCCACCACUGAUGAGGGGCACCGUGGUUGUCAACACGGAGAGAGAGAAGAACCUUGAAGCACAUAUAAUGCCAGGUAAUGCAAGUGUUCUAGUGAGGCUGAUUCAGGACGAAACCUGUAAAAUGGAGCAGAUUGGCUCAUAUAGUGAGGAAGAAUUGCAGAAUUUCUUGACCCAGUGCAGCGUUCCCUGGGAGGCAGAGGACUCAAAGGAGCAGCUGUGUCUUUCUCUUCUGGCUCUGUAUGAUUUUGUACAGAAUGGGACACAGGUCAGUCAGCCCCCAGCACACUUUACUGGAGGGAAAGUCUACAAAGUCUGUCCACACCAGGUUGUGUGUGGCUCUAAAUACAUUGUGAGGGGGGAAAGCCCCCGGGACCAUGUGGACCUCCUGGCCUCUUCACGCCACUGGCCACCAGUCUAUGUGGUAGACUUGGCCUCCUCUGUGGCAUUGUGUGCAGAUAUCUGUUAUCCUGACUUGACUGCUCAGAUGUGGGGGAGGAACCAGGGCUGCUUCUCUGACCCCAUGGAGCCAUUAAAGUUUGUGUCUUGCCCAGAACUUCUUGACAGACACUACAAUGUAGAUAUGACCAGUGCUGAACAUUCCGUUCAGCAUCCCGUCACCAAAUCAGCAUCUCGACGAGUAGUUCACACCGGAACAGAGCAGAGCACUCAGGGGGACGCAACAGCUCAGUACCGUUCCCUCUCCGUUUGCCGGGAACUGGAACCCUACGGUGCUAUCAUUGCAGCCAUCAAUGACAGCAAAACGAAUAACGUCUGUCAGAGGCCUAUAACCUUUGACAACGCAACGCACUAUUAUCUUUAUAAUCGCCUGAUGGAUUUCCUCUCCAGCCGUGAAAUUGUGAACAAGCAGAUUCAUGAGAUUGUACAAAGCUGCCAGCCAGGUGAGGUGGUGAUCCGGGAUACUUUGUACCGCCUAGGUGUGGCCCAGAUCAAGACAGAAAUGGAUGAAGAUGAGGAGAUCCAUGGGGAGGAUGGUGUUGCAUAAUAACAUGGUCUGCGGUGGUCAUCUUAGCCAUAGGAAAGACAGCUAGGCUGCAGAUACUCUGGGCAGCUGUCACUCAGAUACGCCCCAGGCCUGAGCAGCUUUGACCGCUUAUGCUGACCAAAGAGUUGUGUGCUUCCAUUAAAAUCUGGAUUGGGUUUUUGAUCUGCAGACCAGCUAGCUGAAAAGGGGCAGGUUUCUCCUCCCCAGGAGCUACUUGAAUCCCUAAGCCCACUGGGAUAGCGUGCUGUACGGGAGAAGACUAAGGGUUUCCAGUGGCCUGAAAUUUGCAGAAAUGGAUUUGCAGAGCAUCAUCAAACCUGUUUUUUGAAGUGUGUAUGUUGUUGGGUGUCGGGAUCAUAACAGGAGACAACAGGGAGCCACAAGCUUGUGUGACUCUCCCAAUAUUAUACCCUGAAGUAGGUGACCAUAAUAGAUCAAUGAGCAUUUGGAGCCCCAGCUGCUACUUCGUUCCGUUCUGAAAAGACUUGAACUUAGGCCGACUUUCAGCACCCAUCGGUGUUUGAAGGGGUGAGAGCAUAUCUGCUCCUCUAACUCAUUCUGGCUCUACCUGAGAAGCUUCUAUGUUUAUUUAGUGGUUGAAAUCCAGCGUGAUCUGAAGUUUUUUUAAUGGCUCUGUGCAUUAAGGUAAGAGCUGGUCUGCUGUAGGUUAUAAUUAUCCUGGCUAGCAUAGUUAUUAUAAAGGUUCUUCAGGGAUUUCUGUGUUUUGGAUGAAGCAUCUGGACUAUUGAUCAGGAGAGGAUUUUCAGGCACUUUACAUCCUAUCCAUGGACUUGAUAGAAGAUUGUCUGUUGCUAUGUCUAGUAACAUUAUAAAGAGUAUUUGUGAAUUGGUAGUGGGAUUCAGUGAACACAACCCAACAAGAGAUGCUUUUAUUAUUUCCCCAGCUGAUACCUGUUAGGGAAAGUGUGCAACACUUACUGCCUGGGCUCUUUGCAAACCACUAUGUAUGUUCCAUUUCCAACAUUUACAAAACUGACUUGGGCGAAUUUAAUCUGGUUAUAUUCACUCCAACACUUUGUCUUGAGGAGACCAGCAUUCUUCCUCCUGUGUAAUACGUUAAACUGUGGUGUGUAAACUCUUUGCAUUAUUACCCACUGAUUCCCAUUCACUUUUGCCCAUCCAUAAAUCUGGAAAGUGAAAAUGGAUUUCCACUAUAGCUGAGCAGGAAAUUCUGGAACGUGGGGGAAGAGUUUCCACUGUUUUAUUCAGAUUUGUGGUGUGGUUUUAAAAACUUCCUUCUGUGAAGGAUUCUAGUGUGUACUGUGCUGUAAAACAAACCACCACCAUAAUGAAUUUUCAAGCAAAGCUUGUGAUUUGCUGUUAAAAAUGCUAAUUUAUGAAUGACACUUUUACAGUCAGUGAAAACUUUAAUAAAUUAUCUCUUCCAGUGUUUGGAGGGUGAAACUAUUUGGCCUACUGUGGAAUUUGUUGUAUGGCACCCUAAGGCUGUGAAAGUGACUUGAACUACUGCUCCAAAGUUCAAGAUCAUAGUUACCCAAGAUGUGGAAGGGAAAGGUUUUGUGAGGUCUGUAUCAUGUUAAGAUUAAUUUCAAACAUAUGUUGAAACAAGAGUAUUGAGAUGUGUAGAACACUGCAGAAGCUACAUAAUGAUGCUUUAUCAACUUAGUUAUGGGUGGCUAAAGCCUUGGGGUGGGGCAUAGAUUAUCAGGGGGGAAACACAUGUGUUACUACUAUUACAUUUAUGCCCCACCUUGUCUACAUGGUGGCAUGAAUGGGUGGUUCUUUUGCCGUGCCCAUUUAAUUUUCACAACAACUCUUAAGGGAUAGGCUAGGAUGAAAGAGUGGCUGGCUCAAGGUCACCCAUGUGAGCUUCAUGGCUGAGAAAGAGCUGAGAGAGAAAGAAAGAGAGGUCUUCUUUGUAGUUGAUGUCCAGUUAGAAGAGAGAACAGUUUAAUCGAACACCAGAGAGGAGAGAAUAUACAGUAGUUCUAACUGGAUGGUAUCAGCAAGGGGACAUGUUACCUAAAGCUUUAGGUAAUGCUCAGUCAGUGCAGAAGCUUGUAGAAUUGGGCAUUUGUGUGCCUGCUUUGUCUUUAAACAAACCUGUACUUUACAUACGUACAGUACAUUAGCUGAGGCAUGGUUUUUUGGGGAGUCUAUCAGAACUAUUCUCAAACUCAAUGUGUAAUAAUAAUUAUUAUUAUUUAAAAAUGCCCUUAUAGAAGAAAUCGUAUUGUCACCUAGGAAAAAAGUAAACAACUAAAGAGUUCUAAUUACCUUGCUUAAUCAUUUUUUUUUAUUUUGAAUGGCAGUUAAAUGUGAACAUACUGAUUUAUGUAAUUUGAAGAAUGGUUUCAUUUGGAAAGUCAACACAUAGCAGUUAACUAUUUAAAAGCAAUCUAGCAGCAACUGAAUGGUGGUAGUUUGUGCUGGAAAACUAGCUGGCUAGUUCUUAUCCAGUAAGAGAUGCUCCUUUUUCAUUUACACAAGGCUUCAAAGAUAACUGCUUAUAAAGCUAGUAACCUUUACAUAAAACUCAAAUCAGUGGCUUGCAAAAUAUUAUGAAAAUCAUUAUGAAGCUGCUCCUUUCUAGUUUUAGUUUUUAAAACUGCAGUGUAUGUAAAAAGAACAAAGUACCGUAAUACAUAAAACAGUUGUGACAGUUACAAAACUAGUGAAAGUACUUGACUUAUUGGAGAAUGCGAGUUAGAUGAGACUGCCCAUCUAUUCUGCAGCAGGUUAACAAUAUUUUUUUCAUAUUUCAG